AUGUCGGAUCGCGAGUUUGGAGGCAACGAUGACCUCUCGCUGCCCAAAGCGACCGUCCAGAAAAUCAUCAACGAGAUCCUCCAGAAUGACCCCGGCAUGAGCUUCGCCAAGGAGACGCGCGACCUCUUGAUCGAGUGCUGCGUCGAAUUCAUCACCAUGAUCUCCUCCGAGGCCAACGACAUUGCGGAGAAGGAAGCGAAGAAGACCAUAGCGUGCGAGCACGUCAAGGCCGCGCUGGAGGACUUUGGCUUCGGCAACUACGUCAACGACAUUAUGCAAGUCGCUGCGGACCAGCGAAAGCAGCAGGCGAAUCGCGAGAAGAAGCAGAGCAAGAUUGAGCAGAGCGGGCUCUCGGAGGAAGAGCUGAUACGGCAGCAGCAGGAACUCUUCAGAUCCGCGACCGACAAGUUCAACUCUGGUCCUCAGGAGUCCAUGUGA